AUGUGUAGGGGAUUCCCAAAUGAAUUUGAAGUCGAAGCUUGCCUGGACAAUACUUGCGGAGAAUGGUCUCAAUGGUCUGAGUGUAGACAUGGCGAAAGAAUUAGAAAACAAAAAUGUGGCUCUAACUCAUCUAUAGAGUAUUUUCCUUGUGAAGACUAUGUAAUUGAAAAUCUAGCCAACAUAAAGCACACUGUACUUGGAAAAUCAAGUUAUCAAAUGCCAUCGCCAAAUGCACAAUAUUCAAAAUUCAGUAGUGGACUAACUCCUGAAGAAGAUACAUCUAUUAGAUACAAUAGGACAUCACAUAGACCACACGUUCGCAUUUCUUUUAAAACGUCAAAUGAUGAUAUAACUACAACCAAAGAUCAUAACAAAGAUGAUGCAAUUGAGAGUAAAAUGCCAAUUCAAACUAAUAGUAUGAAGCAAAAUCCCAUCGAUGAUAGUGUAAUGAGGCGGAGAAAAGAAAGGGAUACUAAAAAAAGAGAAAGACAUGAAUUAAAGCUUAGGAAUGAAAUAGAAAAUAUAAUUCCACUUAGUGAACCAUUACUAACUCCAAAGAAAGUUCCUAUAUCAGUUAAUGAUGAAUUUAAUAAGACGAUUGAUUUUGAAAAUUCAAAAGGAAUUAUUAAAGAUGGUAUCGAACAGAUUGAUUAUGACUUGUAUAAGUCCAAAAGAAAAAAGGGUAAAGGGCUCAAAAAAAAGAGAUCGAAAAAUAAUAAAAAUAGAAAAAGGAAAAGGUUUGGAAAAAAUAAAACUAGAGGUAAAACUAAAAAUAAGGAUAUGAAAUCGAAAAAUAGGAAUAAAUCAAAAAAUGCUUCAAAUGCAAAUACAUUAAUUCCAAUGAAUACCAACGAGCCUAAGCAGGAGCAUAUUACUACACUUCCAAUAGAAAAGGAUGAAGGGUUAGGAUCUAAAUCACAUGAUGAAGAGAACAAUGAUCAAGUAAUCAUUCCAUCUGCGGACUUUGAGAUGAAGCCAGAACAGAAUCCAAAUGAACUUAAGAAUCCAAUGAAGUUUGAUUCUGCAUACUACUCAGAUACUAGCGAUUUGAGUGGAUUGGAGGAUGAUGUUGAUACAUUAAUUCCAAUGAAUACCAGCGAGCUUAAGCAGGAGCAUAUUACUACACUUCCAAUAGAAAAGGAUGAAGGGUUAGGAUCUAAAUCACAUGAUGAAGAGAACAAUGAUCAAGUAAUCAUUCCAUCUGCGGACUUUGAGAUGAAGCCAGAACAGAAUCCAAAUGAACUUAAGAAUCCAAUGAAGUUUGAUUCUGCAUACUACUCAGAUACUAGCGAUUUGAGUGGAUUGGAGGAUGAUGUUGAUACAUUAAUUCCAAUGAAUACCAGCGAGCCUAAGCAGGAGCAUAUUACUACACUUCCAAUAGAAAAGGAUGAAGGGUUAGGAUCUAAAUCACAUGAUGAAGAGAACAAUGAUCAAGUAAUCAUUCCAUCUGCGGACUUUGAGAUGAAGCCAGAACAGAAUCCAAAUGAACUUAAGAAUCCAAUGAAGUUUGAUUCUGCAUACUACUCAGAUACUAGCGAUUUGAGUGGAUUGGAGGAUGAUGUUGAUACAUUAAUUCCAAUGAAUACCAACGAGCCUAAGCAGGAGCAUAUUACUACACUUCCAAUAGAAAAGGAUGAAGGGUUAGGAUCUAAAUCACAUGAUGAAGAGAACAAUGAUCAAGUAAUCAUUCCAUCUGCGGACUUUGAGAUGAAGCCAGAACAGAAUCCAAAUGAACUUAAGAAUCCAAUGAAGUUUGAUUCUGCAUACUACUCAGAUACUAGCGAUUUGAGUGGAUUGGAGGAUGAUGUUGAUACAUUAAUUCCAAUGAAUACCAACGAGCCUAAGCAGGAGCAUAUUACUACACUUCCAAUAGAAAAGGAUGAAGGGUUAGGAUCUAAAUCACAUGAUGAAGAGAACAAUGAUCAAGUAAUCAUUCCAUCUGCGGACUUUGAGAUGAAGCCAGAACAGAAUCCAAAUGAACUUAAGAAUCCAAUGAAGUUUGAUUCUGCAUACUACUCAGAUGCUAGCGAUUUGAGUGGAUUGGAGGAUGAUGUUGAUACAUUAAUUCCAAUGAAUACCAACGAGCCUAAGCAGGAGCAUAUUACUACACUUCCAAUAGAAAAGGAUGAAGGGUUAGGAUCUAAAUCACAUGAUGAAGAGAACAAUGAUCAAGUAAUCAUUCCAUCUGCGGACUUUGAGAUGAAGCCAGAACAGAAUCCAAAUGAACUUAAGAAUCCAAUGAAGUUUGAUUCUGCAUACUACUCAGAUACUAGCGAUUUGAGUGGAUUGGAGGAUGAUGUUGAUACAUUAAUUCCAAUGAAUACCAACGAGCCUAAGCAGGAUAUUACUACACCCAUUUAUCAUAAUAAUUUUAAUUCAGAUGUCACAGAACACUCAAUAAAUGCUAUUCCUAAAAAUUAUCCUGCGAAUCAACCUAAAUUGUCCUCUAACAUUCUUAAACACCCAAAACCAUCAAGUUCACCGCUAUUACAACAGAAAAAAUUCAAAUAUAUUGGAGAUAUUGACACAUCUAUGAAUUCAGAAACGGAAAAAUAUGACCCUUAUUAUGAAACUAAACUUGCAGGAGGAUUGGUAGGAGCAGUAGUUUUCCUUUUAGGCAUCGGAACUUUCGUAAUGAAGAGGAACAGUUCUAAUUUAACGCAAGAUUCUUUUAAAGAGAUUGAAUUUAAUUCUGAAGAGGCAUCAUUUAUUCAAGAAGUUGAAACUGCUGUUACCAUCGAAGAUUCUAUUUGGGGAAUUGAGUGA